AUGGGCCAUAUAACCAAGUUGGUAACGGGUGAAGAUGGUGAAGUAAGAGAAGCAGGCGGUAACCUUUCCUCAGGGAAGCAAAUACGUAGACCUGUAAACCUCUUGGUACCUCUUGAGCUAGAGGACAGGACGGCAAAACCGAUGAUGUCUCUCGAAACACUCGAUGAAGAAGUCACAUGCAUAGCUGUUAUCACCGGAAGCCGCUCGGAAACGGAGAUGAGAGAACACACGAAACUGACGAAAGAGGCGAUCUCGCGACAAGUUUCCACGGCGCUCUCCAUCGAAGAGGAUUACGAGCACCUCAAAAAAGAACGAGUGUUUUAA